CAGGGUGAUGACAGGGGGGGGGUGGCCUUGAGUUUUGCCUGGCGGUCCAUCCUGGUAACACUAACCCAGAAUUUCCGAGGCGAGGAUGGCUGCUCAGGUCCUACUUCAUUCUAGACCCGCCCUCAGGCCAGUCCUCGCCAGACUCGCAGCCCUAUCUUCCGUCAGAAACAUGUCAAUCCAGGUUGGUGAUGAGUUGCCUAGUGUAGAUCUAUAUGAAGAGACCCCAGCCCAUGCCGUCAACACGAGAGAUCUGUGUGCAGGUCGCAAGGUACUUCUUUUUGCCGUGCCGGGAGCCUUCACCCCAGGCUGCUCCAAGACCCACUUGCCAGGAUAUAUCAAACAAGCAGACAGCAUCAAAGCAAAAGGGAUUCAAGAAAUUGCUUGUGUGGCAGUCAAUGAUCCAUUUGUAUUGACAGCCUGGGGGGAGAGACACAAUGUUGGGGACAAGAUUCGUAUGCUGGCAGACACAAAUGGAGAGUUCACCAAAGCUGUGGGCUUGGAUCAGGAUCUAGCAGUACUAGGAGGCCUUAGAUCAAAGAGAUACUCUAUGUUAGUUGAAGAUGGCCGAGUGUUACAGCUCAAUGUGGAGCCAGAUGGAAAGGGUCUGUCUUGCUCCCUUGCUGAGAACACAAUGUCCAAGCUGUAAAUGCCUGAUCUACAUGACUGGAGCAGCUUCAUUCUUCUAGAUUCUUCUGUACCUCUACUCUCGUAAAGUCAGAUUACAUAAUCAUCUGAGGAAACAAUUUUUGAGAGUCUUAAGUGUUGUAUAUCACUUGUUUACCUCUGAACAGUAGGUUUGUAUAUAGACAUUGAUCGUAAUAUUUUAGUAUUACUCUACUGUUGAUGGAUAGUGAUUUUUCGUACAUAUAUCAUUAUGCAUUCAAGUAGAUUACUACAUAAGCACUGAUUAGUCUUUUCAACAAAUCAUUUCACAGGUCAUAAUUGUAUAAUUGUUUCAGGAUCUUAUUGUUUAUUUAGUUAAUCUAACAUGAAAAUAAUCCAUUGUUAAGAAAGGCCUGUGUAUGGCAUUAUUGUUUGUAUUCAUUGUCAAAACACGGGUGCCUUAGAUAGGAAAGUAAAAGUGUAGAACUGUGGUAGUGCCAAAUUAGAUGAUGUUUUCUCACAUGGAGUUGAAGAACAAAAGGUGCAUAUGAAAAUAGUUAUUAGAAUGGCUGUGACAUGCAUUAUGUUCUACCAUAUUGUUGGGAAUGUGGGAGGAGGUUUUCACUUAGGAAAGAGUAUGUGUUGGUUAUUUUCCUUUCAGAACCUAAUAUGGGUUUAACAAGAGAAUUCUUACAAGCUGUCACAUUCAAAACAAAAAUUCUCCCUCCUUACUCUUAUUUGUGUUUGUGAGUAUAGGAAUACUUCCAUUCUUUCUGAGUUUGUAUUACACCAGGACUAGUCUCAGUAUGGCACUCUUGAUUUUUUUUUUUUUUUUUUUCCAUGUUUUAAAGAUCAGGAAAUAUAUGCCAUUGAUUGGUACAAAGUCCUUGUACUGUGUGAUCAUUUUAAGUAAAUUUGUUGCUCAAUAAAAAAUGUGCAUUAA